AUGCUCGCACCUGCCUUUCGCGUUCGCAGUAAGCCCCACCUCCAGCAUCCACUAUCACAAGCCUGGAGAACCACAACACAACAAUCUACACCACACCGAACGCGCAUCUUGUCCGUGACAAUACACCUCAAGAAGCAGUCGAGAUGGUAUUCGGAAGACGUACCGAAGGCGCAGAUAGGCGCUGGGACGACCACGCCCGUUCCCCCCAACGCUGACCCGCCAAAGUCCAAGCCACCCUUUUACUUUGAGGCUGGAUAUGCGCUGUUUGCAAAGAGACCAUCGAGACCAUUCCCUCCCCCGUUCCUCUCCAUGCCCUCUACGAGCUUCUCGGAACCACUCAGCACGUACAACAAGAGUAGAGACCGGCGGCCGACAGUCAAUGGGCAGAUGAUUAGAGGAGUUACAAAUGGCGAUGAUGCUGUGCUAGUCAGCGAGAGUUUCAUUGCCGCAAAUGACGGCGUCGGAGCAUGGGCUACUAGGGAGAGAGGGCAUGCAGCCCUCUGGUCCCGCCUCAUUGCCCAUUUCUGGGCUCUCGAAGUAGAAGCUGCAACCUACAACGCCACAACUCCUCCAGAGCCUAUCACCUACCUGCAGAAUGCCUACAAGCUUACCCAACAAGCAACCUCGAAACCCAACGCGUGGUAUGGCACAACCACGACGUGCGGUGCGCUUCUCAGCGCCGACAACGAAGAACCCAAUCACCCAGUCCUCUACGUAACCCAGCUCGGCGACUCCCAGAUCCUCGUCAUACGCCCGAACACUAGAGAAGUUGUAUUCAGGACAAAAGAGCAAUGGCAUUGGUUCGAUUGUCCGCGGCAGAUAGGGACAAAUAGUCCUGAUACGCCAAGCGAGAAUGCGAUGGUGGAUUGUGUAGAGAUUCAGGAAGACGACGUAGUAAUUGCCAUGACAGAUGGUGUGGUGGAUAAUCUGUGGGAACAUGAGAUUGUAGAAAAUGUUUGCGACAGUAUAGAGAGAUGGAGUGGUGACAAAGAUAAAGAUAUAGAAGAGCAGACAUACGCGGAUGGCAUGCAGUUUGUGGCUCAGCAACUCGUUAAUGCAGCGAAGGAGAUUGCUCUGGAUCCUUUUGCUGAGAGUCCAUACAUGGAGAAGGCGAUCGAUGAGGGUCUGUCUAUCGAAGGAGGUAAACUCGACGACAUCAGCGUUGUAGCGGCUCAGUGCAAACGGCGAAAAGGUUGA